AUGGAGAGGCAGCGAAGCAUCAGCGAGAAGCACAGGCGGAGCCUAAUCCUGAAAGCCUUCGACCGGUGCCGUUCGCUGACUCGCCGGAGAAGCGCUCCUAUGGCGGCCGGGGCCUCCGGCGUCAGGCCGUGGCGGCGGUCCAAGUCGCAGGCGGCGGCAGGAACCCGGUCGGGGCAGUUCACCGUCCACGUAGGGCCGAACAGGGAGCGGUUCGUCAUCCGGACGGAGUGCAUCGGCCACCCGCUGUUCCAGACCCUGCUCGACCAGGCGGAGGUGGCGUACGGCUUUGCCAGCCCCGGCCCGCUCCAGCUCCCCUGCGACGUCGAUCUCUUCCACAAGGUCAUGGGCGAGAUGGACCAGGAGAUGGAGGCGCCGCCCAAGUGCGCCGCGGGCUUCGGCAGGUGCUACAGCGCAGGGCCAAGCUACCAGCUUCUCAGCCCUUCUAGGCUUAUCGUCGCCGGCGAUCUCUCGUCGCCGGCUAAUGGGCAUCCAUAA